AUGAAUCGCUCUAUAGUUCCAGCUGGCCUGGAGGUUCAGAUUGGCCUUGAACUCAUGAUCAUUCCUCAGUAUUUCCGGUUACUGGAACUACAGAUUAUUUUGUAUGCUGUAGAUAAAAUUUAUUCUGACUUCUAUCAAGAUCUGAAAGGGCGAGUGAAUUUUACAAGUAAUGGUAUCGUGUCUGGUGACGCAUCCAUAAAAAUAAGAAAUGUUCGGCCUGCCGACAGUGGCACCUACCUGUGCAAAGUGAAAAAAGUCCCUGGUGUUGCCAAGACAACCGUUCAGCUGACAGUUGAAGCCCAAGGGGAAACUGUCCAUCUGCCCUGCACGUUCACCUUUAUCUCCAAGGACCAAGGACCAUUGGACAUUGAGUGGCUUCGGCUUUCAGGACCUAAUAAUGAGGCGAUGGACCAUGUGGUUAUUUUAUAUUCUGCAGACAAAAUUCAUGACGACGUCUAUCCAGAUCUAAAAGGACGAGUGUAUUUUACAAGUAAUGACAUCAAGUCUGGUGAUGCAUCCAUAAAUAUAACAAAUGUCCAGCUCUCAGAUGCCGGCACUUAUCAGUGCAAGCUGAAAACAUACCCUGGCAGCGUCAACAUGAACCUCCAGCUCGCUGUCACUAAUUACACUGGGAGUGUGAGCAUCACGACUCCAGAGCAGACAGUUCAGGAAGCCCGAGGGGAAACUGUCCAUCUGCCUUGCACAUUCACCCUUAGCCCCGAGGACCGUGGACCACUGUUCAUUGACUGGAUACAGCUUACUGGACCUCAAAAUGAGGUGGUGAACCGCAUGUUUAUUGUAUAUUUAGCAGACAAGAUUUAUGACAACUUCUAUCAAGAUAUGAAAGGACGUGUGCAAUUUACAAGUAAUGACAUCAGGUCUGGUGAAGCAUCUAUAAAUAUAACUAAUGUUCAACUCUCUGAUGCUGGCACCUAUCAGUGUGGAGUAUCCCAUGCCUUUGGUACUGCCAAGGGGACCAUUCAGCUGACAGUUGUUGGGUCUCAUGAUUUGAAGAUCGUUGAGGGGCCUACAGGCCGACUAGGGCCCCUACCACAUCCGCAGGCCAACGUUCCCUGUUCCUUUUUUGAUGAACCCUAUCUUAUGGAUUCAUCAAGGGGAGAGGUGAAGAAGUGUUCCAUGUUCCAUGUGGAAGUCAGAGUUUGCUGA